AUGAGAAAAAGGAGGGAGACACGACAGAGUCCAUUCAAAGUGCCAGACAGUAGUAGUAUCUUUCUACUGAGUAUAAAUGAAAAGGGGGACCGAAAAGAGGAGAUGCGUAAAUUCCUGGCUCUGCCAAUUGAUGAGAAGACGACCCACAAUGCCCGAAUAACGGCCAAACUGAGGAAAGAGCUUUCAGGACAGCUGGAGGUGGAGGAGGAGGAGGGGGAAAAGGAGAAGAUGAAGAAUCUUAACCAAACCAAGAGUAAGACAGCUCUCCCUAAACCAACACCUGAGAGACGUGAGCUGAAGAUGGCCAUGUUGAAACAAGAAAACAUUAUGAAAGACAGCAAACAUGACUUAAUCUCUAUGGAACGGCAGAAGGCAGUGUUGGAGUUAUCUCUGAUGACAAAGAGGUCUGAGAUUUUGAAGAUGGAUAAGGCCAUGGCAAAAGAGGAGAGACAACUGAAACAGCUCGAGAAGAUCAUUGAGAGAGACAACCUUUACUUCGAAGAGUUCCUCAAGGAGAACGAGAAAAGGUCUGUGGAGGCCAGAACAUUUUUUGAACAGGAAGCAAAGUCCAAACAGCAGAAGAAUACAGAGAUCAAGAAACUGACUGCCGAAAUAGGAACAAUAGAAAGUGAGCUUGCCAAUUUUGAAGAAAUCCUACAAGACUACAAGAGAUACAAGGAGCUUCUGUUCAAGUUGUCUCCUCCAGAGUGGCAGGAGGCCCAGAAGAACAAGGCUUGGCAAGCUAACGUCCUGUCUGAUGGAAAUGCUCCGAAUCAGCAGAACAUAGAGCAUGAGGAGUCAGCGCCGAAGCAGGUGCACACAGGCCUGGAGAACAAGGCAUCCAGUCCAGGUCGAGCGCUGCCUUCCAUCAGAGAGUCCAGACCAUCCUCCGCACAGAGCAGCAGGUCCUCAGCUCACAUGGACACACUGGUCAUACAUUCUAAACUGGACAGUGACUCAGAAUAUGAGGAUGAGCCAGAGCUGUACUUUACUGAUCCCCAGCAGCUUCUAGAUCUGGUGACGGAGCUGACGGAGCAGAAUCUGUCCCUGAUUCAGAACUCCACAAGGGUGGAACAGACGCUUGAGGAACUCCGACAGUCCAUGGAGACAACCUGGAGGAAGAUUGAAAAGGAUGAAGAGAAGCUAACACUGCAGAUAAACGACGUAAACCAGAGGAUCGACAAGGAGAAGGCAAGAGGCGCCAAGCUCGAGCAGAGAGUUCAGCUCCAUGUCUCCUUGAACACAGAAGACCAGGACGUUAUGCUGGAUGCUCUUGGUGACAAGGUGUCAGAGGUGCAUCGCUGUUGUGUGGAUGACAGGGUGACAAACCUCAGCACCUUGGAGAAGUUGGCCAGUAUUGAGAACCAUAUGUCUCUGCUGCUGCAAAACCUCGAGAACAUCCCUGAAGAAAGCUUGGACAUGAUGAAGAAGAUCAAGGACAGCGAGAAGAGGAGCAGGCAGCGGGAAGAAAAGCUUAGAGAGCAGAGAGAGAAACAGAAAGAAAGGAUGAGGAGGUACUUGGAGAGAUCCAUGGCUGAUUCCAAGAAGACAAGUGGAAGAAAGCUCAUGCCCAGAUGUAUCCCUGUUGCUCAGAAGGUCAGAGUCAACAAUGUGGACAACAUUCCUGCCGAGGAUGAGAUCCAUGCCUACCUUUUCACUUCUGAGGACAUGGAUUAA